CACUCUGCCUUAGCCUUAUUCUAUUCCUCUCUUCUUCUUCUUCCACUUUUCUUCCCCUCUUCUCUUUUUCUGCUCUCUGCCCUCCUCUUCUCUGUGGCCCAAAUGCUAUAGUGGGGGCAGCACAAAACCGCCCGUGAACUCUCUCAUAUCAUCAUCUCACAUUCUCACUCUCUUCUUCCUUAACUUCCUUGUCCUCUUCAAGCUUUUCCUACAAUGUCACUCUUCCCUAAUUCCAUGUUUCUUCUCAUACUCCUGCUGCUGAAUUCAGGGCAAACUGCAUUCUGUCACACCAAGGGGCUGAGACCAGGAAACUCAAUUGGGAACCAACAGGUUCCUCCUCCUCCCGUGAAUUCCACAAGGACCCAAUUCUCAGAACAGCAGUUCCUCAAGUGGGUCAGGUUUGUUGGAAGCUUAAAGCACUCUGUCUUCAGAGCAGCAAAGAACAAGCUCUUCCCUUCCUUCACCAUCACCGUCGACAGGAACCCGGCCGCCGGGGACUUCACCUCCAUUCAGGACGCCGUUGAUUCCCUCCCUUUCAUCAACAUCGUCCGGGUCGUGAUCAAGGUCCAUGCAGGCGUUUACACAGAGAAGGUGAGCAUACCGCCAUUGAAGUCAUUCAUAACGAUAGAAGGUGCUGGGGCGGAGAAGACAAUAGUACAAUGGGGGGACACAGCCAAAACCCCCGGCCCAAGAGGACACCCAAUGGGCACCUACGCUUCCGCCACGUUUGCCGUCAAUUCCCCCUUCUUCAUAGCCAAGAACAUCACUUUCAAGGUACUUUCACCACCAUACUCCCCUGUUUUUGUCCUCUGUUUUCUCAAAACCCAAUUGGACUUGGUUUGGCGAUGGGGUCGCAGAAUACGACGCCGGUUCCAGCGCCGGGAGCCGCGGGGAAGCAGGCGGUGGCGUUCAGGAUAUCGGCCGACACGGCGGCAUUCCUGGGGUGCAGAUUCCUGGGAGCGCAAGACACUCUGUAUGAUCAAUUGGGGAGGCAUUACUACAAAGACUGCUACAUUGAAGGGUCCGUCGAUUUCAUAUUCGGCAACGGAUUGUCCCUCUUCGAGGGGUGUGAGGUUCAUGCAGUAGCGCAGUAUACAGGGGCGCUAACGGCGCAGGGGAGGAGCAGCCUGUUGCAGGAUACAGGGUUCUCGUUCGUCAACUGUAAGGUCACGGGGUCGGGUGCCCUCUAUCUGGGGAGGGCUUGGGGUCCUUUCUCGAGGGUGGUUUUUGCCUACACUUACAUGGACAACAUCAUCAUCCCCAAAGGCUGGUACAAUUGGGGCGACCCUACUCGAGAAUUGACUGUUUUCUAUGGGCAAUACAAGUGUAGAGGGCCCGGAGCUAGUUUCGCCGGCAGGGUGGCUUGGUCCAGAGAGCUCACCGACGAAGAAGCUAAGCCUUUUCUUUCGCUUAGCUUCGUCGACGGCUCCGAAUGGAUCAAAUUGGAAAUAUGAUAAGAGUUUUGGGUCCUUUUGGAUAUUUUUUCACUCCCUAGUAUGAUAGUUGUAAUUUUUUGUUUUACUCAAGUCUAUUUCUUCUGUAUUCCCCUUUAGCUUUGUAAAAAGGAAAGCUAGGUUCUUAGUUUUUGCCCAUUUAGGGCCUUUUUUAUUUAGUAGUGGGGAUAAUAUUUACUUAAAGUGGGGAUAAGUACUCUUAUCAGGAUCCAUUUCCUAAUGAUUAUAAUAAAUGCUAAUGGCAAGAAAUAAAAAGGUUGGAUAAUUGUUGAUGGCAAG